AUGAACUCAACUCUCAGCUCAACGAGCGUAAACUCCCCGGCUCCGAACUUUGGAACCCCUCGAAGGAACACGAAAAGGCUGACGACUGCCGAACAGAGAGCUUUGGACCUGAAGCGUUUGAAGGAGCGGCAACAACAGUUUCACGAGGAGGAAAUGGCUCUUGGUGGGUACCACGACGUGUUCAACGACCCUUGUCCCGAGUUCAAACCCCGAAAGUUUGCAUAUGAGUCUACGUCCGAGGAUGACUCACAAGUGGUAGAGCUUGAUAAUGCAGCGUCAGAGAAGGCGAUGGAAAUGUUGCGACGUCAUCGCAAGGGGCGGAUUGGGCAAGGUUGUUCUACCCCACAGAGUUUGGCCAAUCACACUUUUGCACCACUGCGGAAGAUUGACGUAUCUAUUGUGAAGUGCUCUGAGAGUGUCUCUAAUAAUAGGUUAGAUGCUGCUGUAGGUGAAAUGGCUACAAGUACGCCAGUUGUUGAUGCUGUUGAGCAAACCGGGACUGUUAUACGCAAGGCUAUCGCAUCUAAACCACGCACAUCGAGCACGGCAGCUACCGCUGGACAAAACGAUUCCAUGGAAGAUGUACUAUCGAAAAUGCAGAAAACACCGAAGCGUGUCUCUUCAAACGUAAAGAGGUCCAUCGUGAGCGUGAAAAGCAAGAAAAGCAUAGCCACUGAUGUUCUUCAGGAGGAGCCAAAUUCUGCCAGGACAAGUACGGCGUCUGGAACAGCAGCCAAUGGCACAUACUCUGUUGAAAAAGCAAAUGGGACAUAUGUCGCUCAGAAAGAUGGUACCUAUGUGGUGGAACCGGCUGUUCCAAGCGACAAUACGUCUCAAGCGCAACAGAAUGCUACAUUUACUCUCGAGCAGAAUGCUACAUUCACUGUUGAACAACCGGCAGAGAUCCAAACUUCUGCUCGCAAGAGCGGCCCAGUUUCUAGCUCAAAAGCAGCCAGUUCUGCUGAACCAAUGUUCGCAGUGCCGGCACUCCCGGUGCGAAAUACAAAAACAACAGCAAAGACCACCGUCGAGCAGAGAGAAAAGCGGAUUAAUACCUCUCAGAAGAAAAACGCUUCUAUCUUGGAAAUGAUGGACGUGGAUGUGUCAUCACCUGGAAGAACUUUGUUUGCAGCUCUACCCUCUAAAAAGCAGCGGACGUUAGUAAAAACACCUGUGAGGAUGAAAGCCCCCGCAAAUGAAGGUAUUGUUGCUUUGGUUUGA